AUGUCGAAUGUAGAUAAAAAUCCUAAAGCUGGCAAAAACGUACGUGUUGCUGUCCGAGUAAGGCCAAUGAAUGAUAAUGAGAUUGCCGAAAAAGCUCGUUGUUCACUAAUGGCAAAUGCUCGCAAGCGUACUGUUUCUGUUAUUGAUCGGGGAGUCAAUAAGGAAUUUGGACCAUUUGAUAAGGUAUAUGGAACGCAAGCAAAACAACUCGAUAUAUACUUUGACUUGGUCGAACCACUGGUUAAGAAUGUUCUUGCUGGUUAUAACUGUACUUUGUUUGCUUACGGACAGACAAGCACAGGCAAAACAUUUACAAUGGAAGGUGAGCAAAUCAAUUCAUCUUAUGAGCAUGCAUGGAACGAAGAUUCUGCAGUUGGUAUAGUACCACGAGCCUUGCAACAUAUUUUUACAGAGUUGGAAAACCAGGACGCGGAAGAGUUCUCGGUCCGUGUAUCAUAUGUUGAAUUAUACAAUGAAGAAUUGUAUGAUUUGCUUGGGAAUGCUGAGCUGGGUCAUGCAAGAUUGCGUCUCUUCGAAGAUUCUGUACGAAAGGGCUCGGUAAUCGUUAGUGGGUUGGAAGAAGUCCCAGUGUCUGAUCGCCUUGAAGUUCGUGAGUUACUAAAGAGGGGUGCAGAAAAACGGCGAACUGCCGCGACUCAAAUGAAUUUGAAUUCAAGCCGUUCUCAUACCGUUUUUACAAUAACAGUUGUAAUUCGAGAAAAUACUGUGAGUGGUGAAGAAGUUAUCAAGCAGGGAAAAUUAAGUUUAAUUGAUUUGGCUGGCUCGGAAAAUAUUGGUCGUUCCGGUUCCAUCGAUAAGAGGGCUCGAGAAGCAGGAAGCAUCAAUCAGUCGUUGUUAACACUAGGUCGAGUUAUUAUGGCUUUAACUUCAGGAGCUGGUCAUGUCCCGUAUAGAGAGAGCAAACUUACGAGAAUUUUGCAAGAUUCAUUGGGUGGGAAAACUAUCACUACUAUUGUAGCAACAUUGUCACCUGCUUCUACCAACAUUGAAGAAUCGAUUAGCACAUUGGAGUAUGCGUCAACUGCAAAGAAUAUUAAAAAUCAGCCUGAAAUAAAUCAGAAAUUGACGCAUCGUGCUUUGCUUAAGGCUUACAAUGAAGAAAUGAACCGCCUGAUGCGCGAUUUACAAGCGGCGCGAGACAAGACGGGCUUCUUUGUUGAUCGUCAAAAUUAUGAGAAUAUGAGCACGCAACUUGUUCAACAAAGCCAACAGAUUGAAGUGCUGACCGAUGAACUGCAAUCAGUUCUUGAACGCAUUCAGUUGGCAAGAUUUUAUCUUAUUGGAUUUUUAUUUCAUGAAAUACUAAUGCAAGAUGCGGAAAUCUUGGGCCAGCAUUAUGGUCGUCUUUAUGAACGUUACAGACACAUGGAACAGAAAUACAAAGAACGUUGCAAUGAAAACGCUCAGUUAAGCCUGGAGUUAGCAGAUUGUAAGUCAAAUUUGGAAAAUCAUCGAUCCGUUCUGAAGAAGUUAGAAGAAUCAGCGAAUCGAAGCCAGACAGAAAAUAAACAGGCUAGUAUUAAUCAUUCAGACAAAUUAAAGCUUCGUCAAAACUGUUUACAUUUGGACCGAGAGUUGAAUAAAACACAUGACAAGAUUGAUGUUUUUUGUAAUGCGGCAAAUGAAAAUGAAAAACUGUAUAUUCAAUGUACAAGAGAUAGCGCACAAAGUGCUGACAAAUUGAAGAAAGGUGUUAAAAACUGGAAUGAUAUGUUACAAUCGGGAAUGGAAAAAAUAAAAGAUUGCUGUGAGCAAACUAAAUCGAAUGUAGAGAAAGAUAUGCUUACAUUUCGGAACUACAUAGAAUUACUCCGUUCUCAAUUAAUAACCUUCUUUACUGAUUUUGAGGGUGGUACUGAUAACUCAGCUGUCAGUUUUUUGAAGGAAGUUUGUAUGUUCAUUGAUGGUGCACAAAGUCAUUAUGAAAAAUUAUACGAGCAACACAACAAAUUUACUGAUUUUGUAAUGAAGCGUAUAGAAGAGUAUGAACUCCUGGAAAAAAGCUGUUAUGAGGUUUCAACAAAUUACACCAAUUUAACAGUAUCAUUGGCAGAAAAAAUGAAACAUAUGGUCAGUGAUGCAUUAGAUACAUACAUUGAAACGACGAGAAAGGAAGUACAGCAAGUGAGCGAGAAAUUGAGCUCGUUGAGAGCUGAACAACAGUCUGCAUUUGAAAAGCAACGUAAAUAUGUGAAAACUACUGUCGACGAGAUAUGUCCCAAUAAAAUGGCUUGGGAAUUAUUUAAACAUGACUUUUAUAAGAAAGUCAGUUUCCAAAAAGAUCAUGUCAGUGAAAUACACAAAUCAAUGGAAACAUUUUGCAAAGAUUUGCAAAAGCAGAGCGACAUAGUGUCUGUACAAAUAAAUGAAAUAGCAAAUUCAAAUACAGAUGUUGCCGUGAGGCAGAUAGAGCUAAGUGGAUUAGCGUCGUCUUCGUUGCUUCAAGAGGUAACCGAAGCGCAUUCUCGAAUAGAACAAUCUAUUGGAAAGAAUAUUAUUCGUCCAUCCAGCACUGGCAAUACGCCCGUCCGUAGAAAGCAGGUAGCACUCCCGGAGCCAGUUGAAAUCCCGGACGCAAGCGAAUUGAUUAACAAAACUAAGGAAAGCGAAGUGCCACGAAGACUGAGUCAGUACCGGCCACGUGAUUCGAUUCUGGAAACACCGUUUGCUAUUCUUUCACCAGGAGCCCUUAAACAGACACUGAAAUGCGAUCUGGAUGAGAUUAUUGAGACACCUGAAAAUGGUAGUGAAUGUGGUGGUGUAGCUGUUGGAAAGCAGAAUGAUUCAGUGCAACGGCUUAGGAGUGUAAGAUUUGGUGAGCGGUACAAGUCAAAGCGAACAUUAAAAUGCAAUUCAACCGAAGCAAGCUCAUCAGGCGAGGAUGAGGAAAUUUAUGUACCUAGGAAGCCGACUCCUUCACCGAUCGAUCAAAGUAAAGUGGAGGAGCCUCCAGUGUUUGACAAGGCCCUCAUCACUCAUCUGGAAAGACUUUCUUUGGUACGGUUCAAUGAUGAGCAGGCAGUUUUUAAUUUGAAACAAGCAGUACGAUUUGCUAAUCAGCUGAAACUAAUUGACACGACGAAUAUUAAACCACUCGAAACCUUGCUCGAAGAUAUACCAUGUCCAUUGCGAGAAGAUGUUGCGGAUAGUCCUAUGACCAAAGCUGAAGUUUUCACAAAUGCUGCUAAAACUGUUGAAGAUUAUUUUGUUGCACCACUUGGAAAUAUACCAUUGGAAGAGUCCGAUAAGUUAGAUUUGACGAAAGUUGAUGAUUGUGAUCGAAAAGCGACAAAUAAAAAGAAUUUAUUGAAGGAUUCUGGAAAAACGGAAGCAGAGUAA